AUAACAUUCCAGAGCUAAGGUUCACUUAACUAAAAAACACACGAGAAAAAACUGGAGCAGUAUUACCAUUCCCAUAUCUAUUAAUCGUACAGUGAACAACUGUCGGAGGCCUUCGUCACCAUGGGUGCAGAAGUUAAGACCGACUCAAAUAAUUACAGUUUCUAUAUAGUGUUGCUAUUGGUGAUAAUAUUACUAUCACAGAUCUUUAUUGGAUUAUAUUCAUACAAAAUAUUGAGACGUGAUGUGAUACGCACUGUUGAAAAUAAUCUCGAAAUCAGUAAAAGAGAUAUUUUGAAAGUGAUUGAGAAUUACGAAAGUGUUGGUGAUGGGGAAUUAUUGCAUCGAUCGAAACGUGAGGCUGAGGGUAGCGGCGAUGAUUCAGAAGAUUCCGAAAAUGAAUACGAAAUUGAAGAUAUAGAACUAUUUUGCAAUAAAGUAAACGAUAAUUGUGUCCAAAGGGGACCGGUUGGCCCACCCGGUAGGGUAGGUUUAAUAGGGAUAAAGGGAGAGAGAGGCCAGCCAGGAAUACCUGGACCGAUGGGAAUUCCAGGUGCACCGGGAAUGACUGGACUUCCAUGCACUACUACAAGACCUGAACAGUCAAGCCCCGCAAAGACUGACGACGUCCUUUCUAGUACAUCAGCUCCAACUGCGCACGAAAGUCCCGUAGCGAAGGCACCUUCUGUAAACUCUAGUUAUUAUAGGAACGUCUUGAUUAUCACGCUAUCAGCUCUAGUCUUUUUGUAUAUUUAACUAUGCGUGUGUCAGUAGUCUAGUGUCUACUAGUCAAGUAAGUGUUAGAAAAAUGAGUUUACGUACUUAA